AAAACACAGCAGGACGAUGAUGACGACGCCGCCGCCGCCGCCGUCUCACCUGAGCGUCUGCAGGGCAACAUUUUGUAGCGUCGCAUUGAAUCGCAUCAUGGUCGUUCUCGGUCAGAUCCUACGACAGCGGGCUGCCAGCACCGAGCUUCGGUAGCAGCUCCGCACGCAGCGUGCUCUGCUGUUUAUCAUAAAAAUGGACGGACUCUCUCACGUCAGGAAAAGGCGUCAAUCCGGCCGAUGUGCGUCUGAAUAACUGAUUUUUUCUUUUUACGCGUCAACUGACACAUCUGGAGAGGGGAGACAUAUUAUUCCCCUCGUUUCCCUGGCGUCCACUCAGACAGCUGUGUCAUCAACAACCGGCGUGGUUUUGUUGUUGUCUGAUUUUUUACGAGCCGGGGCAACUGGAUAUUGGCUCAUCUGCGCCAGCCAUAGGCUACUCAAUUACCAAGGUGAGUUGGAGGAGGCUGCCUGUGCCGUACGUCCCCUUCUCCCGAGCCUCCUUCUAUACCAUGAGCUCUGGCUCAGCCCAGGAUGUGGCAGUCGAGAAUUUCCUGCGUGACAUAGAGAGGCGAAGCAAGCGGCUGCACUGCGCUGUGACAGGGUGCGAGGAGGAGCGACCCCGCAGCGACAUGAACCUGCUGUACCGCAAGAGUCGCUUGGACUGGAGGCAGAGGGACCAGGAGGGAAGCAAAAAGAGCUCCACUCAAAAUGACCCUUCAGCGACUGUUGGCAAAGUCCGUGACUUGGCUUCUUUCCGCCGGCAUUUCCGCAUGGGUUUCAUGACCAUGCCAGCUUCCCAGGACCUGUCCCCUCACUCCUGUGCCUCCGCCAUGGCGCCACGCUCGCAGUCCUGCCACGCUGUCGGUGCCGGGGAUACGAGUCUAGAGAACGGAGAUUAUUCUGACACCCAAUCCCAACACUGUGGCCGCUGCCCCCCAGCCAAACCCAAACGUCACCCGACCACUCGCCUCAGCUCCUCAUCCGCUGACAGCAGAGGACCUCCAGAGACGCCGCCACCUCCUCCACCAUCUCACUCCCAGGGCAAACACUCAGAGAAAAAGAAUGUCAUGAAGAAAUCCGACUCUGGAGAGAUUGGAACAAAGAAGGUGCCUCCUUUAAAGCCCAAGAGAAGUCCCAGCACCCAGCUGUCCUUUGACCCACUUCCUCCACGUGUGCCUCCUUCUUCCACAUCCUUGCCUUUCCAGGCUGCAGACUCUCAGAUUCAGACAGGAGAUGGCGAGGAUGAGCCAGUCUACAUAGAGAUGGUGGGCCAAGUGUUCACCAGAGACAGCCAGACAGCCACCCCCCACCCUGUCACUCCUGUGGCCACCACACCGGAUUCUGACUCAGACCAGAGUGAGGCCAUCUAUGAGGAAAUGAAAUACCCGUCGCAGGAGAACAGAGACUCGCACAGACACCUCCCCGCCAAACAUGAGAAACUUAAAACUUCGAAACACUACCACGUCACUCCCUCCUCGUCCAGCACCUCCUCGUCUUUGCCACGCCCCUCCUCCUCCUCUCCUUCCUACUCCAAACCCAAAGCUACUGUGUCGAUCUCUCACUCGUCUCCUCUGCCUUCCUCUGCGUCCUCCACCCCUGUCCCCCAGGUCCUGUCCACUAGUCCACACACACCACGCGCUCCUACUCCUUACCUGCUGCAAGGGAGUAAAUCUGAGGCCGAGUCCAACACAAAGAUUCCAGCCCCUUUCCCUAAUCUUCUACAGCACCGGCCUCCGCUGCUUGCCUUCCCUCAGCCUGCGGCUGCGUCAAGCGGAGUCGGUGUGCAAAAUAAAGCGUCUGCAUCUGUUAAAACAUCCAGUGUGACAACUCAAGCCAGCAUGUCCUCCUCAGCCUCUUCUAAUCUUCCUAUAUCCCUGUCCGGCUCCAAGGAGUCAUCCUCAUCGAGCCAGCAGGACAAACACAGCAGAGACUCCCAGUUAGGCCCAGCUCCUGGUCUGAGAGCCAGGAGUCACUCCACACCUCUGCCUCCUUCCUCCAAAUCCACCUCCCCUUACUCCCAUCACCAUCACCAUCCUCACCAUCGCCCCUCGCACUACCAUCACUAUCGCAAACCAGACAGGGGAGACUCUCCUGCUCCAAAUAAGAGCAGCUCACAGACUUCCAGCCAGGCCACAGUCCAGACCCAAACCUCAAGUACAGGCAGGGAAGGCAAGUCUGUCAGCUUCCUCUUAAAGUCCGAUAAAGGGGAGAGGGAUAAAGAUAGGGACAAGGACAGGGACAAAGAUAGGGACAGGGACAGGGACAGGGACAGAGACAGAGACAGAGACAGAGACAGGGACAGGGAGAGAGAGAGGGAUCGGGAUAGAGGCAGAGACCGGGACAGGGACAGGGACAGGGAAAGAGACAGAGACAGGGACAGGGAAAGAGACAGAGACAAGGAAAAAGAUAAAGACAGGGAAAAAGAUAGAGAUAAAGACAGGGAUCGGGACAGAGAUCGAGACAGGGAUCGGGACAGAGAUCGGGACAGGGAUCGGGACAGAGAUCGGGACAGGGAUCGAGACAGGGAUCGAGACAGGGAUCGAGACAGGGACAAGGACGGUCCACGUUCCUUACAGAUGGAUAGUGCUACAGCCAGUAGCAGCCAAAUAUCUCAAAGCAGCACCAGCUCAACCCCUACUCCAUUAUCCUCAUCCCAUCGUCCUCAUUCUCGCCCGCACCUUCGCUCUCACACUCCGCACGGUCUGCCGGCGUACAAGCCUCCCUCUGCAGACAGCCCCCUGCUGUGGACUUACCCGUCCAGUGGCUUUCGGAGACCACCAGCUUAUGACAGUCUGAGAGGAGGCUCUCAGACGCCGUCCCUGCAACAGCCAUCGAGUCUCACUGGUGUAGGUGAGGGGUCAUCCAAGAGUAAUCUCGGGUCUUUAUCCCAUCAUUCAAAAGUCGGCUUCAUGCCUUGGGACAGCAGUGCCAACAUGAUGGCAGAUGAGGGCUCUUACUGGCCGAUGACGAGGAAACUGUCCUUCAGCCACGGGAGCAGAGAGACAGAGAGGGAUGAAGGGCGUGCAUGGAAUGGAAGUGCUGACGCCCUGUUAAGGAUGGAUAAAGACGAGCUGGGGAUGGGUUCUCGAGGAGGACACUCAGGCAUCCCAGUGCACUUCAGUGGCGCCACCAGCAGGGCGCCUGGUCACAGUGAGUCCUUGGCUGGUGUGGAGAACAGCCGAGGAUUCAGAGCCCAGCUGCCCAGAGCAGGACUCCCUCUUCCCUGCCAGACCUUCCCUGCUUGUCGCAACGGAGAAGUGGGGCGGCUGGGCCGUUCCUCCUCUGCUGCUGGAGUGAGACAGGUGGGUACAGGAGACGUCCAGAGGCAGAGCAGUCUACCAGCACGAGAAGCCCUGAAUCAGCUACAUGGCCUGGCCCAGCCUCAAGCCCCCUGCAGUCCCAGCAGUCCCAGUGUGUCUCGGCAGCAGCAGCAGCUUCAGCUUCACCAGCAGCAGCUGCAGUUAAAGCAGCAGCUCCAGCAGCUUCAGCAGCAGCACCACCUGCAGUUGCAGUUCCAGCAGCUCGCCCAGCUGGCACAGGGACAGCCUCCUGUCGGCGGAGGCACCACCCCGUCCACAGCGCAGACGCAGAGGGACGGCAAGCUGCUGGAAGUCAUCGAGCGUAAACGCUGCCUGUGCAAAGAGAUCAAGGCCCACAGGCGUCCUGACAAAAGCCUGUACAAGCAGGACAGCAUGCCCAUCCUCCCCAGCUGGAGACGGACACCUGAGCCUCGAAAGACUGGCACACCACCCUGCCAAAGGCCACAAGCAGUUGUGUGGGACACGGCGAUCUGAGGUGGACAGGCCAGCAAGUACAGCACUGAAGAGAGACAACACACACACACACACACACAGAUUGUUGAAAAAUGAAGCGACGAGGGUUGAAACGGGUCCAGUGACAGGAGUGCGCUUUCAAGGGUUUGUGGUGUGACGGCUGCCACAGAGCAACGAGAGAUUUUAGGCCCCGAAGAGGAAGAGGGUCUGCUCGCUCUCUGACUGCGUGAUAAACUGAAUGGGAUCAGUAGCGACGGUUAAUGGAGACUGAACUCAAACACAGAUGAUGAAGGGAUUACAAUCAGACUAAUCAAUGUCUUACUCAGCUGAUUUCGCUCUCAACUGCUGUACAUGUUAAGUCGAUGUGUUCUAAUUGCCAACAAAGUUUUUUGCCACAAAAACGCCAGAAAUGAAAUCACCAACCAAACAAUAAUGAGUGUGAUGUUCUCUCAGAUUGGUGUUGCCAAAUUUUCCUCCUGACUACUUGAGACAUAAGAAUCAUGUACUUUCUCCAGCACACAGUUGUCCAACACACGAGGGGGGGGUCGCAGGGUCGCGGGGUCGCGGGGUUGGGGGGGGCGGAGUCAUUGAUACGUUUUUGAAGUGUUUCUUGAACUCGUGAAUGCAUAUGAGAUGUCUUGGUAUCAAUAGAUUGUCAUUGUGGAUGCAAUUAAUCAUCGCCGAGGAGUAAAAGCUACCUACUGUAUCCGUUUGCAUAUUUGUAAUGUAUCUAUUUACUUUCUCAACGUUUCUGCAAUUUUAUAGCAAUAUGCUCCCAGUGCCAGAGCAACAUAAUUAAAACGUGUGUCAACUAGCCGAACAUACAUAUCUAAGACUUGAAUAAGUCAUAUUAACUGUGUCAUUCUCUGCAUGUCACAUUAGACAUACAGUAUUGUAAAAAAAAAAAAAAAAAAUUUAAAUAAUAUAUUAUAUGUGUAGAGAUGAUGAUCAUGUCAGACUUUUAUAUACAGCAGAUCUUCACUAUGAUAAUAUGUGGUUGUACAAAAACGAUGAAUAUGUUGCUUGAGGUGUUGUCCAAACAAAAAGGCAAACAAACGUACAGUAGGUAGAGGUCAACGGUACAAACAUGCCAUCACUCAUGCUGACCCACAGUUGCACAGUCAAUGAUUGUUCACAGAGGGGGAAAAAAAAACAAAAACAAAACAAGCACUGACACCCAUCAACACAGAGUAUAUACAACAUGGUGCAACUGAUAAGACUGUGAGUAUUGAUCACCUCAAACAGAAUGCUGGAACAAUCUGCACAAAACAUGGUAAACGCUUAGGAGAAUUUAAAACCCUAAUGUACUGUAAAUAGAUAUGUACAACUGUAUUGAAAAUGUAGCAGUUAUUUCCAUUUUCAUACUUGUAAUCAGUACAUAUUAUGUAGCAUAUACUGUAUAAACAUAACUUUCUUCACUGGUUUUUUUCUAAAAAGAAUGACGUACUUUUAUCUGCUGCAGCCACUCCAUGCAUUACUGAUAGUUCAAAUAAUAGAGUAAGCCCGCUACAGAAAGGCACAGGCCAACAGUUGUUUAUUUCACGUUAUGCAAGAUUCCCUUUAAGCUGUGUUAUGAUUUUAUUCAUGUCUUUUUUCUACAUUUGUUUUUAUUUUCUGUACAGAUUUCUUGAUUUGGGUUUUUUUCUAAAUACUUUGCUGCUAUCUUGAACUACCAGUGUUGUUCCUUCAACUACAUGAGAAACAUUAUUAAUAUAGUGGUUGUCGUUACAUAUUUGUUUUUAUUUCUGAAAGCCAUGUGAAUUGGAGUUUGUAUCUUGCAGAGUGAGCCCUCCUGUAACAGUAUUAAGGCACUUGAAUGUCUCUUUGAUUGUCGUCGUUUUUAUGAUAGUUAGCACCAAACUGUACAGUACAGUACACCCCACGUGAAAAGAAGACCUAACUUAAUGUUCGAGAGUCACUGCUUGGCCUUUUUGUUGUUGUUCCACCUGCUUGUGUUUGACGGGCGAAGGAUUUUCACUGAGUUUUACCUCGGUCAAACAAGCACAGGUCAGGCUGAUGGAAAUGGGCAAGUGCAAUGCAUGCAGAGAUUCCUUAUACUGAAAAGCCCCCCCACACACACACACACAUCAUACUUUUAAUUUCAGAUACCAGGUGAUCAUCUCACUAUGUUUCCUUUCCACGGACCCACAUGAAGCCCUCAGUAAUAUUCCCCCACGAUAGUUUACAGAAGCUGUUGGUUUUGUGUGUCAACUAAACAGUGGCCAUUAUACGAGUGCCAUACUAUAUUGAUAUGGUAAGAUACGGUGUACCUUGGAAAUCACUGUAGUGCUAUAUUUGCAUUGAUAUUGUCAUUACAAAUAAAUUUUAUAUAAUGAACUUUA